AUCGCCGACAUCAGCCAAAUCCGUGGAGUACUCCAGCAAGCCAUCACUUUCAGAACUUUAAAUCUCGUAUCCAUACCGCGGCGAAAACUUCAGCAUGGGUGUCGCCAAACGGACCAGAAAAUUCGCUACUGUCAAGCGCAUGAUCGGCCGGAACGAUGACCGGCGCAAGGAAGAGGCUGUGAAGAAGGCCCAACUGGAGCUAAAGAAGAAGGAGAAGGAAGCAGUCCGGGAGGUGCCUCAGAUGCCUUCUUCAAUGUUUUUCGAGCACAAUACAGCCUUGGUGCCGCCUUAUCAAGUACUAGUGGACACCAAUUUUCUUUCAAGGACGGUGGGAGCCAAGCUGCCGUUGUUGGAGACCGCAAUGGACUGCCUCUACGCCUCAUGUAAUAUCAUCAUCACGUCCUGUGUUAUGGCCGAGUUGGAAAAGCUGGGUCCCAAGUACCGCAUUGCGUUGAUGAUUGCCCGGGAUGAAAGGUGGACGCGCCUUACCUGUGACCACAAGGGCACCUAUGCCGACGAUUGCAUUGUGGACCGGAUCCAAAAACACCGCAUUUACAUUGUCGCCACAAACGAUCGUGAUUUGAAGAGGAGAAUCCGCAAGGUUCCUGGCGUGCCUAUCAUGUCUUGUGCUAAGGGGAAGUACGUCAUUGAGAGACUUCCUGGCGCGCCCGCCACUUGAGAGUUUUGCACCGUUCUGGGUCUUAACUUUACGGAUUUUGGACGACUGCGACGUACAAGGGGCAUGCCGAUGGACCGGCAUACCUGGAUCACUGCAAGAUGCGGGAGUUAAGGCGCCCGCGCAUUUAUGGGGGCCGCCUUGAUACCGUAUCAUGCUGGACCGCCCGAACUUCGCCCCGGUGAUUCCUCCGUCGUUUGAGAGCGAGACAGGGAAGACACCUUACCGGGUACCCGUCCCGGUGUUACAUGGAUCCCGCUAGGGACGUUAGUUUAAGCACGCUGCCAGCAUCUCCACGGAGAUGCCUCCUUUCAAAGCUUCAUGCUGGAAUGAGACGGCACGCCUGGUAUUUUACAUGUACCUAGUGUGAGAUCUGGAACACCAGACUCUAAAUAGACGGCGGGCUUAAUAAGUAUAACCACAGGCCCGGGACGCUGGCGGCGUUUAUUUAGUGCCUUCCGCCGCUCUGGGUUUACUUCUCUUCUCCACG